GCCGCGAUGCGCGCAGUCUGCCUGCCCGCCCGCCCGUUCGCUCGGCGCCGGGACCGCGGAGAGCGGCGGUCAGUGAUGGAGCUGCUGCCAUGACAACCCCGGCGGUCGGGGCCCGCGCGCGUCGGGGCUGCUCCCGGGAGGCCGGCGGCGCGGAGGCCGGGGGCGGCCGCUGAGCGUGGCGUCCGCGCGGCUCCGGGGCUGGCAGCGCCUCGCUUUCCCCAGCGAGCGAGCAGGCGAGAGAGCGAACGGCCGCCGCCGCGGAGACCGCUCCGCCGAGACCCGCCGCGUCGCGGUGGCUGCAGCGCGCACCAGGGUUUGGAGGAAGUUGACCGAGGCGGCUGCCGCAGCAUCCCCAGUCCGGAUCGCGCGAAGCCCGGCGUAGUCUCUCCUCCUGGCUCACCCCGGCGCCUCCUGCGUGCUCUACUUUCCAGCUCUGCUAUUGUUACAGACUGUUUUCUGCUGAUCAGCCUUCCUCCGAAACUUACAAAGAAAGUGUUGGAUUUGCCCUUGCUGGAACUGAGGAAUUCAGACUACCUCCGGGUAGCGGGUUCUAACUCACCCCCUGUCCCCUUCUGGUACCAAAGUGCUUACUCCUCUCCAAAGUGCCAUGCCUGGAUGCUAGCGGGAGGAAGGGGCUCCUGAGACGUGCCCUCACCUUUGCACCUGUCCUGCGCUUCCCCUCUCUUGGCCACCUUCCCGGCUGAAACAGCACCGAGGGAGCCCUCUUUGGACGUCCUCCGUGGAAACUGCUUCUCCAAAGCUGCAGCGCUGAGGCUGGAUUUGGGGAGGAAUACUAGACUUGGAGGAGUCUGCGCGCUUUUCUGCGGCCGCGCCUCCCGGUCCCCGUGCUCGCUCCCCUACCCCACCCACUUCCUGUGCGCGCCCGGGGGGCGUGUGCCAGCUGCUGCCGGAGUUCUGGGAAGUUGUGGCUGUCGAGGAUGGGGGUCUGUGGGUACCUGUUCCUGCCCUGGAAGUGCCUCGUGGUCGUGUCUCUCAGGCUGCUGUUCCUUGUACCCACAGGAGUACCAGUGCGCAGCGGAGAUGCCACCUUCCCCAAAGCUAUGGACAACGUGACGGUCCGGCAGGGGGAGAGCGCCACCCUCAGGUGCACGAUCGACAACCGGGUCACCCGGGUGGCCUGGCUGAACCGAAGCACCAUCCUCUAUGCGGGGAAUGACAAGUGGUGCCUGGACCCCCGCGUGGUCCUGCUUAGCAACACCCAGACCCAGUACAGCAUCGAGAUCCAGAAUGUGGACGUGUACGACGAGGGCCCGUACACCUGCUCUGUGCAGACAGACAACCACCCCAAGACCUCCCGGGUCCACCUCAUUGUGCAAGUAUCUCCCAAAAUUGUAGAGAUUUCUUCAGAUAUCUCCAUUAACGAAGGGAACAAUAUCAGCCUCACCUGCAUAGCAACAGGUAGACCAGAGCCUACGGUGACCUGGAGACACAUCUCCCCAAAAGCUGUGGGCUUUGUGAGUGAAGAUGAAUACUUGGAGAUCCAGGGCAUCACACGGGAGCAGUCAGGGGACUACGAGUGCAGCGCCUCCAAUGACGUGGCUGCUCCGGUGGUGCGGAGAGUCAAGGUCACCGUGAACUAUCCUCCAUACAUUUCAGAAGCUAAGGGCACAGGUGUCCCCGUGGGGCAGAAGGGCACACUGCAGUGUGAAGCCUCUGCGGUCCCUUCGGCAGAAUUCCAGUGGUACAAGGAUGACAAAAGACUGAUUGAAGGAAAGAAGGGGGUCAAAGUGGAAAACAGACCUUUCCUCUCAAAACUCAUCUUCUUCAACGUCUCUGAACAUGACUAUGGGAACUACACGUGCGUGGCCUCCAACAAGCUGGGCCACACCAACGCCAGCCUCACACUGUUUGGUCCGGGCGCAGUCAGCGAAGUGAGCAACGGGUCGUGGAGGAGGGCGGGCUGCACUUGGAUGCUGCCGCUUCUGAUCUUGCACCUACUCCUCAAAUUUUGAUGUGAGUGCCCCUUCCCCCGCCGGGGAGCAGCUGCCGCCACCGCCACCGCCAACACAUCAGCAAUGGCAACGACAGCACCACAAGCAUCCCCGUUCCAAAUCAGACAUGAGCCCACGAAAUGCAGAGAAUCAGAGCCUAAUGGGACACACAUUCCAGGGAGGGGAGCGAAGGAUACUUUGGGAAAACAAGGUGAACAGGAAAUUGGAAGCCUCCUGGCAGACACGUAGGUACAGCUGUUUUCUUUCUUUUUCCAAACGAGAAGAAGCCACGCCGGCCUUGGACCCACCCGCAAGCUGCAUUGCGUGACCUCUGUUACCAGGCGGGCUGGGGCUCAGCUGCCGCUCUGCCCACCACAGUGCACCCCCACUCCCCGGGAAAAUUCCGGAGUCGGCCACCCCAAAUUCAAUCAGUCAAUAGAGACGAACACAGAGUGAGGCGUGCGGGCCCAGGUGUGCCUCUCCGGCCCCCUUCCUAGACUGUGUCCCUAUUGUGUGUGUGAUGAAAUGCAGAAACACAAAAAAAAUAAAUAAAAAGAAAACUAAAACAAGACAGCCUGACAGCUACAACAAGCCCACCAUCAACAGUCACAAAGGAUAUGGUUAAACUUCUUUUUUUUUUUUUUUUUCAUUGUACAACGUGGACAUCACAGAUAAUAAGGGAUUCUGAUUCAUUAUUAAUUUUAUUAAUUAUAUUUUCUGAUAGGAGUCUAAACCUUAGUGGAAAAAACAAGACAAAGCUAAGAGUAUGCAGAUGAAAGGGGUGAACAGAAGUAUAUUUGUUAAAUGUGAAACAUGAAUAGUGUCCUUCUUACCUAGGUUUACAACUGGUGGACCGCACACCAGGCAUUAACCACUUGGUGAGGAUUUGGCAAAUCCACCAAAAAAAAAAAAAAAAAAAAAAAAAA